UCUCCAGUCUCCACCGACUGUUCCAACCGUUGCUCGUCAUUCUUCUCCUCCGACUCCUCGGGCUCAUCGCGCACAUCGUCGACAUAUCGACAUCUCUCUUACUGUUAUCGUCGCUCUUUCUCUUGUGCCUCGCCAAAGACUGCUCCACAUCCUUACUCAUCCCGCAUCGCAUCACUUCGCUCUCACCUUGCGCCUUCUCCCGUCGCUCAACCGGCACACAUGCUCUCCGCCAGGAUGGAUGACAUGACAUGGGACUACAUUCUAAAGUUUGUGAUUGUGGGCGAUGCAGCAGUCGGCAAGUCCUGUCUGUUGAUUCGACUCACGGACGACCGGUUCGCAGCCAGCGAACCCACGCUUGGUGUCGAGUUUGGGUCAAGGCUAGUCUCCACGACUGUCGGCGGCCAGGCCAAGCGGGUCAAGGUGCAGUGCUGGGAUACCGCGGGUACAGAAUCCUUUCGCAGUAUCACACGGAGCUACUUCCGUGGCGCAGCGGGCGCAUUGCUGGUGUACGAUGUGACGCGGCGAGAAACGUUCGAGCACGCCACUUCAUGGCUGAGCGACCUGCGCACGCAUGCAGACGAGAAUGUGUCUAUCAUCCUCGUGGCAAACAAGACUGAUUUGUGCGCGACGGAGCCAACAGUGCUGCCACAAAUACAGUUCGGCGAAGCGGUGUACGUGAUGCCCGAGCCAGCUCCGGAGGCAGGGACACCAGCGCCUGAGCAGGAUGCCACCGAUUCUUCAGCCGAAUCUGGGUCGAAGUCCACCGCCACACCUUCUGGCAACAUCUCUCCGCCUGCUAAGAACGAUUCUGCCGCUCCUGGACGAAAACUUGUCCCGCGCGCCGUCUCGACACUCGAAGGAGCCCUCUUUGCGAAGCAGCAUAACUUGCUGUACGUCGAGACCUCGGCAAAGGAAGGGUGGGGAGUCAUCGACGCAUUUGAGCAGACGGCACGGCAAAUUCUGGAGCGAGUGGAGCGGGGCGAGUUUGAGCGUCGCAAGCCCGCCGGUGUGAACCUCGCCGAGAACAAGACCAAAGGCGGGUGUUGUUAGUUGUGUGCAUUACAUGUCUAGGGAUACAGUUACUCGGCCUCUUCCGCGUGAUAGAUGAUGGCGAAGCUGAGGAGCUUGACGCCGGCGACGAUGAGCGCAGCCGCCCAAGCCCCGAGAUGCUGUUCAAAGAAGAGGCCCAGGAUACACCCCAGCCAGAAGGUUACGAGGUAAACGACACGGCGAUCGCGGCCUUGUUGCGGGGUAGUGGAGAAGAGAAGCGGAUCAGCCACCAAGCUCGCAUAGGACGCCGUGACGGUUGCGGCGUUGAUUUCGCGCACUCCGACGCCGGUGGCCAUGACGAACUGGAUGCCACUCUGGAACGCGCACGUCGCCAUGGACACCCACUCGUAUCGUCCGUCGAGGUCGAAGACGGAGGGUGCGUAGGGCGAGAUAAGCCAGACGUAGAGGAGAAGUACGGCCAUCUGCGCACCGGAA